AUGGUUAAUGUGUCAUUAACAACAGGUCAUUUCCCAAAUGCAUGGAAAGAAGCUCUUGUCAGUCCGCUGUUCAAGAAAGGAUGCGAAGAUAUGGAAUACAAGAACUUGAGACCUAUAAGUAAUCUGCAAUUUGUUUCCAAAAUCACCGAGAGAGCAGCGUCUGAUCAAAUCUAUAAACAUAUUGUGGCUAAUAAUGUGUUUCCCCCACUACAGUCUGCUUACAGGAAACACCAUAGCACAGAAACGGCGCUCCUUAAAGUUAUAAACGAUAUCCACGUUAACAGGAACAAUCAACAGGUAACGUUAAUAGUAUUUCUGGAUUUGAGCUCCGCAUUUGAUACUGUUGACCAUGAUAUUUUGAUUAAUCGUAUACAAACAAGUUUUGGAAUAACAGACACUGCUUUACUGUGGUUAAAAUCAUAUCUAUCUGGCCGCUCUAUACAUGUCAUUAUUGACGAAAGUACAUCGGAAAGCCUGAACAUGCCUUACGGUGUUCCACAGGGAUCAUGUCUGGGCCCAUUAUUGUUUACCGUUUAUGCUAGCAAACUCUUUGAAGUGGUAAAACAUCACCUACCAAAUGCCCAUGCAUAUGCUGAUGAUCCCAAGCUUUAUCUAGCGUUCAAACCUGAAACCACACAAUGUCAAGAAGACGCGAUGGAAGCUAUGGAGAAAUGUAUCAAAACCGUAAAACUGAUAAAUUGA